CAACGAGAUGUCCUCGUUAAAGGACCAGGUAUAUCCUGGCGACGUGAUUGCUGCCAUAAAAACGAUCUUCGGCUCUGAAGCCAAUGUGGUCGACUUUGAGGUCUCCAAAGGUACGUCAUCGGUGCAGGGCUUCAUGUCCUGCAUCCUCAGGGUGCGUGCGACUUGCACAGUUGGAAACGAUUCAGAGACCAAGACCGCUCAAUUUAUUGUGAAGAGCAUGCCUACUUUGGAGGCGCAGAAGGCUGUGGUUCAGGACAUGCGGCUCUUUGACCAAGAGAUCGCAUUUUUCACGAAAUGCCUGCCCACCAUGAAGAAAAGGUGUCCAGACCUGAAGGUGGUAAACUGCCUCUUUGCCCACUCAGCCAGCACGAUCGUCAUGGAGGACCUGAGCCAGAACGGGUUUACAACCUUGAUGAAAAACUUUGAAGACACGAAGGAUCAGUUAUUGACAUUUGGCCAAGCACGAAUGGCAAUCCGAGAGCUCGCCAAGUUGCACGCCUCAUCACAAGGAACGGACUGGCUGAAGAUUAUGCCUGAGUUUUUCGAAAAAGACAUCCUUCUUGAAGUCGAUGAUGGAAAAUCAUGCAAGCAAAUGGUGUGUAACAGCAUCAGAGGAAGUGUGAUUCCAAUCUUGGAGCACAUCUACAGAGAUGAAACUAGCAAAAUCCAGAAAUACGUAGACUGGAUUAGGGAUUUCGAAGGAAACGUGUUCCCGUUCAUUUUAAAAGUGAACAAAGCAAAUCCAAGAUAUCAAAAUGCUUUGUGCCACGGUGACUUUGGGGUGCACAACUUUAUGGUGAGGUCGCAUCCUGAUUCUGGUGACGAAAUCAAGAUAAUCGACCUGCAAACCGUCCACUUCGCUCCUGUCCACUCUGAUCUUUUAUAUUUCUUUUAUCUGGGUUUGAAAGGAGAUUUUCGGGUGCAGCACGAAGAGGCCUUGUUGCGGACUUACGUUGAGCAAUUUAACGCUUCCUGCAAUCACACUCCUGACCCUAUUGAUUUAGAUCAGUUUAUCAUGGAUUACGAUGAAAAUAGGCUGUUUGGUAUCCUGAUGGCUAUAUCAAUGUGUCCAAUUCCGUUUGUUGGAGGAAUUUCUCCCCCAGAGGGAGCAGAACUAACCGAGGAAAAUUUUAACAACUUGCUGGGCAGUGAAGAACAACUGGAUCGAAAUAAAUUUAUAGCGCUGAAAACUUUGAAUGAGAAUCAUCAUUUCCAGUCGGAAAUGAAAUUUUUGAUUGAUGAGAUGAUUUCCGAGCUAGACAAAACUGUUUUUAAAAAAUAAAUUUAGAUUAUUUACAUAAUAAAAAAAUCACACUCAUUCCUUCCUCAUUUGUAAAGUUUAUAUAUGAUUAAUGC